UAUUGCAUAAAUUCCCAGCCAAUCUAGAUUCAGGGACGUCUUUUUCUCUCAAGUCUCCGUUUUUAUUUUCCGUCGGCCGUCAUACAUCGUGAUUCAUUCAUAUGUGAUUAAUUCAAUUUAUAUUUUUUUAUAUUAUUCAAAACUAUACUUAACAUGAAGUGACAACAUUUAGUGGACAGUGUUUUCAAGAACUCGGAUUUAAACUUUUAAGAUCAAUUUGUAGUGAUAGAUAAACAUCGAACAAUGGACAGUGGCGUGGACGCCGCGUCCACGGAAGAGUCGCACAAGUGACACCUACGUGCUGUUAUGUCCAGUCGAUUUGUGACGCAACGUUAAGAGCAGCAUGGAUACACUGCACGUCAGCCAUGGACAGAGCAAGGGUUCCAGCAGGAGUCAGUCACCUUCCACCGCGGACCUGGCGCGAGAUCCGGCAGUCACGGAUGACGCGGUGAUACGUUCCAGGGUUCAGUCUCCCUCCACCGUGCAUCAUGACACAUCGUCGCGCCAUGGUGAGUCCCGUUCGCACCACGUCAAGUCGCACUCCAGAGACCUGGGCAGCAGUCCCCUGUCGGCCAACAAUAGUGCAAACGUGUCUCGAGAUUUGGAAGACUCGCCGCAGAAGAAAAAUAUGUCGAACAUACUCGCUGGUCCGGACUAUGUGUCGGCUGUCUACAACCCGAACGUGUCGUACGGGAUGUCGUCCGCUGAUGAAUACUCCCCCGGCUACCGAUCGAAAUCCGGUCAGGAUGGGGAUUACCUUAACCAUGGAUUGGACGACAGUGAGGGAAGCGGGGUGACGUCAGCGAAGGCCCUGGCAGCGAUAGCGCAUCUCAACACUAAGAUCGAGAGAACCAAGGACCUGAUUCGACUUGAACAGACCAUACGAGACGACAACGUGAACGAGUAUCUGAAGCUAGCAGCGCACGCCGACAAGCAACAGUUGCAGCGCAUCAAGGCGGUGUUCGAGAAGAAGAACCAGAAGAGUGCGCUGUGCAUCGUGCAGCUGCAGAAGAAGCUGGAUGGCUACAACAAGAGGAUCAAGAAUUGGGAGCAACACGGUACGAGCGGACAGUCUCAUAGACAACCAAGAGAAGUGUUGCGGGAUAUGGGACAAGGGCUCAAAAACGUGGGCGGCAACAUCCGCGACGGUAUCACGGGACUCGGCGGCAGUGUGAUGGCGGCGCCGCGUGAGUUCGCGCAUCUCUUCUCUCGCUCUAACCGCUUCGGGUCCGCCGACAACAUCGCGCACUUGGCCGAAAACACAGGCCCUUCUCCACAACACACGGAACUGAGAGCGAACGCGUCUUCUGAAGGCUCCCGCGCGUCCGAGGCCGGCGAGAGCGGCACGCGCGGCUCCACGCUGCCCCGAGCGGCAACGUCGCCCGCGCCCAAGUACUCGCCGGACGCCUCGCCCAGCUCCUCCGUCACUAGCGAGGGCGUGCCGUAUCCGAACCAGGCGGGCUCCAACAAUAUGUCGGAGACCACGUUCAGCCUGAAGCCGAUCCUCAACGAGCUGCGGGAGAGGAGGGAUGACUACGAGCGGCUUGCUGACAGGAUAGACUCCUUCAAGAAUCUGCCGCAAGAAGUAUCGUUCCUGGCGGCCGCACUGCAGGAGGAGAGGUUCAAGACUGAGCGACUGGAGGAACAGAUCAACGACCUCACCGAACUGCACCAGAACGAGGUAGAGAAUCUAAAGCAAGCCCUGACGGACGUGGAAGAGAAGGUGCAGUACCAGAGUGAGGAGAGGAUGCGGGACAUACACGAAGCUCUAGACCUGUGCCAGACCAAGAUCAGCAAGGUGGAGCAGUGGAUGGCGGGCGCGGGGGUGGGCGCAGGAGUGGGGGGCGCGGGCGGCGAGGCGGGCGGGGGCGGCGCCCUGCCGCCGCGGGUCGUGGUCGUGAAGCUGCUCAACGUGGCGCUCACACUGCUGCAGCUGGCGCUGCUACUGGUGGCCACGGUGUGCGGGGUGGCCAUGCCCUUCCUGAGGACCAGAGUUCGAGUCCUAACGACAAGUUUGGCCGUAAUGGUGGGAGUCAUGGUGCUCAAGCAGUGGCCGGAUGUGAUGCAGCUGUUCGAACAUCUGCUGCGCAGGCUCAAGGAAUACUUAUUGGACAAUCGCGAGAGGUACGAAUGCAAGUCAUUGUGUGGUUGAUCGUCGAAAGUUCGAGAUAUUGCAAUUUUGUCCGAAUAAAGUUUAGUCAGUCGAAGACUGGGAAUUCUCAAUUGAUAUUGUAAUAUAUUUUAUAUUGUGGCGGUACGCUCGUGAAUGCUUUAAUGUUGUAAUUUUUUGCUUAUUUUAUAGGGCGUUUUGUAUUGUACUUUAUUGUGUUACAAAAAUCGUGUUGAUUCGUUCAGUGAUUAUGUACCUCGAUUAUUUAUUUAUUUUUUUAUUAAUAUUUAAUAAAAUUUCUGUAUGUGAUCCAUAUUUUCAUACUCAAAAUUGGUUUAAAACUAUUAAUUAUUGAUGUUACCACUGGAUAGGGUUAUAUCUUAUUCAGCUAACACUGGGUACUUACCGAAUGUCAAUGACCGACAUUAUCUGCUGCACGACACAGCUAUAAUAUAUAGUUUUAAAAUCAAAUCAACACAUUUUUGUUGUAAACUGAAAUAUUGUACAUAAUAUACGUUAUCAGUAAUGUUUCAAUACAUUUAUGAAAAUAAAGUUAAUAGACGUUUUUACCAUAUUUUGUUCAAACUGAGAUUUUAUAAUACCCACUUUUAAGUAUAUACUGCCGUUAAUGUAGCGUUUAUAAAUAUGUAUGAUGAAGUUUAUCUAAUUGUAAUGGAAAGUAGAUAAUUCGUGUACAUAAAUCGGGCUGGGCCCCUUUUAAUGUAAAUUUCGGGGAUUAUGUUGGAUGUAUAAGGGUUAUAUUUCACCGGGACACCAUGGCGGCGCAACCAGUCGCCGCGCCGCUACCAACAAAAUAUAUACAGCUCUAUAGAGAGUUACACACCUGGUGUCCGUUUGGCUGUGCAACCAAUUUGGUAGCGUGACCAGCCUGGAUGGGUACACAGAAUAUUACUGGUCACGCCGCCAUGCUGGUCGCGCCACCACUAAUUACUAUAGAGCUUUAUGGUGUCUCAUUCACUCGGCUGCAAGUGACGCUCCCACCUCAUUGCGUGCAACACGUGUGUACUGUUGUUUUGUUUUGUAAUUGCUUUUGUUAAUUGCAUACGAUAGAUAAUUUCGAUACAAAAAUGUUUAUUAUCGAAAUUCAAAGUGGACCACCAAUUUAGGAUCAUCCUCAGAUUAUCACAACAAAGAUUUAUAAAUGAAACGCUUAGGCUAAAUAAGGAUA